AUGUCGAGCUCAAUGUCAUCAGCGAGCUCGUCAAGCUCUCGCUCCUCUUUUGACGGCCCGUCAACUCCACCUGACACAGUGCACUCACUGCCCAACUCGCUGAAAGCCGCCCGACAAGAAGCUGGUAUAGAUGCCGAGCAGCCAUUGUGGAAGAAGCGACACACCUUCUUUCCUCUUGAACGACAGGAGCGCUACUCUGCACCCACCGAUAAGGGCUUCGUUGCACCAGAGUUGACCGAGCUUGUCGCACCCAACAUCGAGUCGUUCAAUGCACUCUGGGCCGAAGACCCAUCUCUUGACCCACCACAAGGUGCAACCAUUGCUGGCUUCCACAAUGAAGGUACAGGAUUGCUCGAAAAGUCGUUGGGACGCUUGCCACCACGUAUCGUCUUUGAUGGUCAAGGUGAUGCCAACCACGGCCUCGGCAACCGCAUCACACUUCGCAUGGACAGCGUCAACCUCUCAAAGCCUCUCGUCAACGACCGCGCCAAGGGGGUCCGAGAGCGCAGAGUCUUUCCCACCGAGGCAAGAGAGCGUCUCUUUACAUAUACCGGAAAGCUUACUGCACGCCUCUGUUGGAGUGUCAACGGUGAUCCCGAACAGAGCGAGAUCGUAGCGCUUGGCAACUGUCCCGUACUCGUCAGGUCGAAUCGUUGCAACCUGAGAGGCAUGUCGUCACGCGAGCUCGUUGCGCAUCAUGAAGAGGCCAACGAGUUCGGUGGUUACUUCCUUGUCAACGGUAACGAGAGGCUCAUUCGAUAUCUCAUCGUAGCCAAGGCCAACAGUCCUCAAGCAAUCGAGCGACCCAGUUUCGAAAAGCGCGGCCCAAGCUACUCGAACAAAGCUAUCGUGAUCCGAUGUCUGCACAAGGAGGACUUGAUCAGCGUCACCAACGCCGUCCACUACCUGCACAACGGUGGUCUCACAUUACGAUUCAGUUGGAGAAAGCAAGAAUACAUGGUACCCGUCGUCAUGGUGCUCAAGGCGCUAGUUGACGCUACCGACAAGGAGAUCUUCGCCUCCAUCGUUCAGGGCGACUUCGAGAACACUUUCCUCACAGACCGUGUCGAGUUGCUUCUCCGCAACUUCAAGCAGUACAGUCUUUGGUCUGGGCACCAAUGUCUCGAGUACCUCGGCUCCAAGUUCCGUGUCGUGCUCGGCUGCCCCGAGGACUGGACCGAUGCGCAGGUCGGAAGCGAGCUCAUCCACCGCAUCUUCCUCGUCCACCUUGACAGUCCACGCGAAAAGUACAAGAUGCUCAUCUUCAUGGUUCAAAAACUCUACUCGCUCGUUGCUGGCGAAUCGUGCGCCGACAACGCUGAUUCUCCCCAACACCACGAGAUCCUCAUGCCUGGUUUCCUCGUCGGUCAGAUCAUCAAGGAGCGCAUCGACGAGGCCGUUGGCAACAUCCGCUCUCAAAUCGCCCGCGAUGUUCGCAUGAAGCUUAAGGGUGUCGACUUCUACGACUCAAGGUACAUCAAGAAGACCAUCGCCAAGGUCAACAUCGACAUCGGUGUCAAGAUCGCAUCGUUUCUUGCCACUGGUAACUUGUCAUCACCGUCGGGUCUCGAUUUGCAACAGACCUCUGGUUUCACUAUCAUGGCCGAGAAGCUCAACUUUGCGCGUUACCUCGCCCAUUUCCGUUCCGUUCACCGUGGAGCUUUCUUCGCCGAGCUCAAGACAACAUCAGUGCGAAAGCUGCUGCCUGAAGCAUGGGGUUUCCUUUGCCCAGUACACACACCAGAUGGUUCGCCAUGUGGUCUGUUGAACCACUUUUCGCACACUUGCAGAAUGACAACGCGCCAGCCAGGUGUCUCGCAUAUCCACGCCUUGCUUUCGGGUCUCGGCAUGACUGAGGCUGCGUUCGCUGUCGGUGCUGUUGGCGCUGUAGGCCAGAAGCAUGCUGGCGUGCGCGACAACAUCGUCGUCGUUCAGCUCGAUGGUGCCGUCCUCGGUUACACCACGCCUGCGCUUGCCAAGCACAUGGCUACUGCUCUCCGUAUCUGGAAGACCGAGGGCUUACACCACGUGCCUCUUGAUCUCGAGAUCGGCUUCGUCCCCACCUCGCGUGCUGGUCAGUACCCGGGUCUCUACCUCUUCUCGAGCCGGGCACGUAUGAUGCGUCCCGUACGAUUGCUUCACAACAAUAAGAUCGACAUGGUUGGUCCUUUCGAGCAGGUCUACCUUGACAUUGCCUGUGACCCUGCCGAGAUCGUGCCUGGUGUGUCGACUCACGUCGAGUUGGCUCCCACAUCGAUUCUUUCAGUACUUGCCAACUUGACACCGUUUUCUGACUACAACCAGUCGCCACGUAACUGUUACCAAGCACAGAUGAUGAAGCAGACCAUGGGUACCGCCUCGACCGCAGUCGGCAGGAGGACGGACAACAAGCUGUACCGUAUCCAGACGCCGCAGACACCCGUUGUCAGGCCAGAGCUCUACAACAAGUACGCUUUCGACGACUACCCUAACGGUACCAACGCCAUCGUCGCCGUUAUCUCCUACACAGGCUACGAUAUGGAAGAUGCCAUGAUCUUGAACAAGAGCGCUCACGAGCGUGGUUUCGGUUACGGUACCGUCUACAAGUCCGAGACGAUCGACCUUCGCGAUCUCAAGGGCAAGUCGAGCUCGAGCGUGCCCACCUUACACUUUGGUUUCGCACCCAAUUACAAGGCCUCCGAAGCGCAGCGCAACAUUCUCGAUCAGGAUGGCUUGCCUUAUGUCGGCCAGAAGGUGCUUGCAGGUGAACCAAUCUGCGCAUACUGGGACGAAGUCAGCGGCAAAACUCAGUUCAAGAAGUUCAAGGGUGACGAAUACGCCUACGUCGACACUGUCCGUUUGCUUGGCUCGGACGCUGGUAUGGGUGGAGGCGACGGUGAGUGCCAGAAGGUUCAGAUCAUGUUGCGAAUUACACGUUCGCCUGUGAUCGGUGAUAAGUUCUCCUCGCGACACGGUCAGAAGGGUGUCUGUUCGCAGAAGUGGCCUGCUGUUGACAUGCCAUUCUCCGAGAGUGGUAUGCAGCCCGAUGUGAUUAUCAACCCACACGCUUUCCCUUCGCGUAUGACGAUCGGCAUGUUAAUCGAGUCGAUUGCGGGCAAAGCGGGUGCCAUGCAUGGUAUCGCCCAGGACUCAACGCCUUUCACCUUUAGCGAAGACUACACCCCCACCGAGUUCUUUGGCGAGCAACUCAAGGCAGCCGGCUACAACCACGUCGGCAACGAACCUAUGUACUCGGGUAUCACAGGUCAAGAGCUGCGUGCAGACAUUUACCUCGGCGUUGUCUACUACCAGCGAUUGAGGCACAUGGUCAAUGACAAGUUCCAGGUGCGAACCACUGGUCCCGUUCACGCAUUGACAAGACAGCCCAUCAAGGGUAGGAAACGAGCCGGUGGUAUUCGUUUCGGUGAGAUGGAACGUGAUGCUUUGCUGGCACACGGAACAUCCUACAUGCUGCAAGACCGACUCAUGAAUUGUUCGGACUACUCAACCUCCUACGUCUGCCGAACCUGCGGUUCAUUGCUCUCUGUCGGGUUCGACAACAGCCAAUCUCAGUCCAACGGCGGCGGAGCCAUCACGACCAUCGACAUUACCACUCAGGGCACAACACCGAUCUUGGGUCCCAACGGAGAGUAUUGUCGUGUCUGCAGGGCUGAAGAUGAAGUUCGUCGUCAGCAAGGUCUUGAGCCUUUGCGAGGCAAAAGAAUGCCUGUGGGUGGUGUCGAGGGCUACAUUGGUAUCUCGCAAUCGAACGUGAUCAACAACGUCACUGGCGGUGAUUUGGAUGUUGUUGCCGUGCCAUACGUGCUCAAGUAUCUGGUGGCAGAGUUGGCAGCGAUGGGUAUCAAGAUGAGCUUUGGGGUUUCGCCUUAG